CGAGGACUUCUAUUUUGACAGGACGCGCGUCCGCGCUCUGGCUCAUUGUGGCUCGCCUCGCGCUCCCUCGGCUUCCCGGCGUCUGCCUGCGACUCGGCGAAGAGGGAGACUUGAAGUGGAGCGCCGCUCGCCGCUCUCUCUCUCCCUCCCUCCCUCGUUACGUAAUUCGUUGUGAUUUCUCGAAGAUGCGCUUGAGGCGAAGUGGCGCCUGGAAUUCUGGCAGCUGAUAUCGAAAAGUGUCGGUGACGGGCCGCCAAUUAAAGACUCGCCUCCAGUCAAGUGACGGAAUUCCUCUUCAUCGCUGAGGUUGAGGACCCCUGCAGGUCUGGGCCAUGGGAGGAUCGCUGGAGCAGACCACCGGCGUGUGGGAGACCUUGGCAACGUGGCGGGACUCUCGUCUUGGUGAAGCCCUCAGGCCCGAGGUGACCUCCUCGUCUUUUUAACGUUGCCAAGGACCCGAGCGGACGGACGGAUCUUUGGUUACGGAAUCUGCUGGACGUUUUCUUUCCCCUUUGGUGCCUUUGAGGCCGUUGAACUCGAGUCACCCGCCUUUAUGAGGGCAGUGCCCCCUCCAGCGGGACCUUUGUCGUCUUCUAAGGCUUGAUGAGCACCUGAAGCAGCUGACCAUGCCAAUCUCCAAGGCGCGCUACCUGAUGCUGCUGGUCUGCGUGCAGCUGGUGGUCAUGGCCAUGCUGUACCGGGAGGGCUACCGCAAGCGGGUGGCGUACUUUAUUGGCAUCUUCUGGAAGGACAACUUGGUCACCAGUGACUUGGCAGAGCAGCCGCACGCCACGGGAAACCGCAGCCGUCAUGGGGACAUCUAUGCCAACCUGAGCCUUAUAGUGAAGCCGUUUGUGCGCAAGGAGGACCUGCCCUUCUGUCCCGACAAGUCGCCUUACGUCGGUGGCCCAUUCAGGGUCUUGUUCCCCUCCAAGCUCACCAUGGCGGACGUGGAGAAGAAGAACCCGUUUGUGACGAUGGGGGGCCACUACAAGCCCCCGGACUGCGAGUCCAAGCACCGCACGGCAAUCAUCAUCCCGCACCGCAACCGCGAGGUCCACCUCAAGUACCUGCUCUACUACCUGCACCCCUUCCUGCAGCGGCAGCAGCUCCACUACGCCAUCUACAUCAUCCACCAGGCUGGGAACUACACCUUCAAUCGGGCCAAGCUGCUGAACGUGGGCUUCAAGGAGGCCAUGCGGGACGACGACUGGAGCUGCCUCUUCUUCCAUGACGUGGACCUCAUCCCGGAGGACGACCGCAACCUCUACGUGUGCGACGAGCACCCCAAGCACGCCUCCAUCGCCAUGGACAAGUUCGGCUACAAGCUCCCCUACAACUCGUACUUCGGCGGAGUGUCGGCGCUGACGCCAGAGCAGUACAUGAAGAUCAACGGCUUCCCAAACAACUACUGGGGCUGGGGUGGCGAGGACGACGACAUCGCCAUCAGGGUGGCACUCACUGGCAUGAUCAUCACGCGCCCGUCUGUACAAGUGGGCCGCUACAGAAUGAUCAAGCACGAGCACGACAAGGGCAACGAGGAGAACCCCAAGAGGUUCAACCUUCUGGCGAAGACGCGGCGAACGUGGAGGCAGGACGGGAUGAACACCAUGGAGUACACGGUGCUCUCCAGGGAGGUGCUGCCCUUGUACACCAACAUCACGGUGGACGUGGGCACCGACAAGGGGCUCAGGAAGGACACGCGAGGUUCCGGGUGACGAGGUCCAUCCAUUCAACGUUCGCCUUUAGGGGACGGGAGCGGGACGCAGGGGCCGUCACUUUCCUGGAGGGACUUUGCCAGGCGGAGUGACGUCCGCUCCUGCCACCCAUUUUUACGAUGCCACUUUUACUUGAAUUCUUUUUGUACUGAGAAUCUUUGUGAAGUGGAACUGGAGGACAGCAGUCUGUUACGAAACGCCUUAAAACUCUCUGGACAUGGGGGGCUCGGAUGCCCACCCUGGGCCACAUCUAUUUUUUUUUUUUUUGUACCCGCUUUGAGGGCGCAGUGCCAUUUGGAGGUCAAGUCGCCCCCCCCCAGCGGUGGUCCUCUGCAGCUUUUUACCCACAAUUCCUCUUUUUGACUCCUCGGUUCCCUUCAAGUUUCUUUGUAUCUCAAAAUUUCUUUACAUUUGGCCAUGAAGUUCAAUAAGCAGGUGGGCUUGUGGGCGGGCAGCUUCUGUCGGGCUUGCCCAUGCCACAACCCGGGCUGCCGUAUGGCGCCUUUCACAAAGUGCUUUAAGUCUGUGCCUCUGGGCGGACCACCGAUACGCAAUAAGCCGCCCUCCUCUGCCCCCUCACUCUUCUAGUGGGCGAUUUCAGGGUCCUCAAUGGAUGCCCUAAAUUACAGAGUGGGCAGAGCGGGGGGAUGUCACACUUCAGGUAUGCCUUAACUGCCACCAAAACCUGGGACCGCUGUUGGCAGAUGUCGACGUGCCGCUGUGGGCUCAGGGUUCUUCUAUGCUGUCAACCCCCCCCCCCCCAGGGCCGAGACUUGUGAUGGUUCAGGUGGACCCCUGUGGGGGUCUUUGUUAAGUGGCCUUAAAAAGCAGUCUGGGGACUCCACGGUGGGCAGUGGCGUCCGUUGUGCUUCAGUCGCCGGUCCUACUGGGUAAGCGAAGUGAGGAUGGCGGAGGGGAACAACUCGAGGACCACGGGGGUCCGCAGUGCUGCCGCAGGAGAACUGGAGGGUCCGCUCAUCUUUGCUCCCUUCACUUCAUUCUUCAUUUCAAGUCCACCUGCCUUUUCAUGAGGUUCAUCUCGGGGGGCCGAUUGGUGGUCCGCAGCCUCCGACUGAAACACCAGCCAGUUCUGCCCCGUUGGGUAUCCCUGGUGAGGCCUCAUCAAGUCAGCUGUGCCCUCGGAGUACCAGAAGGAACGGCGCCCCCCCAUGGGUCCACUCAUGACACGUAAAACCAGCAGGCCUGGCGCAGCCCCCCAGUCUGGGGUGGGACUGGUCAUCCAGCAUUAAAGAUGCAUUGUGGGAAGAUGGCCACUGGCGGACUGAGGGGGACGGUGGCCCCCCUGGGGACUUGACUCCCACCUGGCCGGGGUCUCGGGCCCUCUGCUGUUCUUGGGGCGCCCCCACUUUGCUCAUUUAAUCGUUUUGUGAAUUGGGGGGGGGGGGCCCUUUGUCCCCAUUUAUUUGAUUGUCCUUUUUUUUUUUUAUUUUUUGGGUUCUUUGGGGUGUCGGCGUGAUGAUUGAAGGGGGUGCUGAGGGGGGGGACACCACUGAGGAUGCCGGGGGCUCACUUUGUUUUUUUUGUUGAUUUUGCUUGCUGAUGUUACAAAAACGGAGCUGAAAUGAGGGGACUGCACCCCUGGGGGGGCAGUGCGGCCCACCGGUGCCAUGGAGACCACGAGCUGACACGGCGGCCCCCUCCUAUUGUACCCCUGAAAUGCUCGGAACAAUUGAAUGUAUAAAAAUACUUUGAAUGCC